GUUGCCGGUAAACCUUCACUUUGCAGCUAGUUGCAUGUGUAUUCAUGGCGUACUUGAUAUGUCGCCACUUAGGCGGAUAUCGAAAUGACACGGGCUGCAAGGGCAGUUUCUACAGCAACUUUGUUAAUUAUCCUAGCACUCUUUAGGAAAAUCGAAGAAAACGCUUUAGUAGGAGCUGAGACAUUGCCUUCGUCCUCUGCUUGGUGUAGCGACAGUAGCUUGGCUAGCUGUCAGGAGGCUGGUAACAGUGUUUCCUUGGUGCUUGGACUAUCAGGUUGCUCAAAUACAACACAGGGCCAAGGACCCCUACGACUGCUGAUUAGCACGUCAUGGGCAGCUGCUAGCACUUCCAAUGGUAUUGCCGUGGCACAGCAGGCUUCUAGCCCCACGCCAGGCACGGAGCUAGCUCAGCAGCUCCGCUGGUUUCUAAAUGACGUGGGGUUGCAAGCCUCCAUUGUCGUUGACUCGACCAACGCGGCGGGAGCCGCAGCACACAGUGGAAGCUGGCUUGGAGAUCCCUCAGCGAUUGGUUAUGUAGGAUGGACCUCUAGUCCGGACACGGCGGCAGCAGCAGCAGCGGCGGUGCAGGAGCUCCCAAACGCUCUGCUCCUGCAGGACCCCCUCCUGCAGUGGAGUGAUGUUCUGCCUGCAGUACGGCAGAUGGUGUCCUGGUACGGCAAAAAGCUGCAGGCGUUGCCGUACGCCGUGGAGGUGCCCCUUGUCCUGUACCGAAGGGACGUGCUUGAGGGCAUCAGCGCAGCACCUCCCAGUGACUGGCCCUCGCUGGUCAGUCUGCUGCAGCAGCUGCAGACGCAGCAACAACUGCCGCCUCCACCACAACAGCAGCAAAGCGGCAGCAAUGCAAGCGCCCCAAACACAGGCGGCGGCCCCAACAGCAGCUACGGCAGCUCCCCAGCUGCGGGCUUCUGCAACAUGCUGCCCUCCGGGUGCAGCCGCGACGGCAGCUUGCUGGCCAGCAUCUGGGCUAGCGUUGGCUUAGCCGCGCUGCCCGCCCCAGCCUCCCUGGAGGAUCUAGGGCAGCUGCUGGAGUCGCAGCUCCGGAACCGGGUCGCCAUGCAGGGGCUGCAGUGGGCGCUGCAGGUGUACCGGGACCUCAUGGCUCUGGCGCCGCCGGGUGCUGGUCAUGCGCCUUGCAAGCGGCCGGAGCUGGGGGUGGCACUGGAGCAGUGUGCGGUCAUGGUGGGAGCCAGCAGUAGCGUCAAGGCUGCGGUGUGGCAGCUGGGGCAGGAGCGGAGGCGGAUGCUGCGGAGGCGAAGGCGUGGCAGGAGUUUGGAAGCGGCGGCAGGGGCGGAUGGUGGUGGUAGUGGUGUGGUACUGGCGACACCGCUGCCGGGCAGCUUGCUGGCUGCUCGGCAUGAUACCGGUAGUCUGGUGCCAUGCAGCGCCGGCGUCGUAUCCUGCCGCUACACGCUACCAGCGCCGCAGCCGUACGGCGGCAUGGGCCUGACGCGGGCGGUGUUCCUGGGCAGCGACGCGCUUGCAUUCCAGAUCAAUGCAAGCGCGUCACCGGAGCUGCAGUACGUUGCAUGGCAGGCGGCCGCCGCUGCCCUGGGUCCCAACAGCAGCUGGCCGGCGGUCCUGCAACCCAGUGAGGGAGGCGUGACGGUGCUGCGGAGCUCGCAGUUGAGGGAUGUGGAGCGCUGGGUGUCGUACGGGUACGACAGGAAGGACGUGGCAGGGUUUUUGGGAGCUCUUGGGGACAGCCUGAGCGGGCCAUUGACGUUCACGGCUCCGCGGCUGCCGCUGGCAGCAGCUGCGGCGCUGCAGGGCAUCCUGGCAGGUGCCGCCAAUGAUGCGGCGUUUGGUACGAAGAGCGUUGCGGUGAUUGCGCAGGAAACCCUGUCAGCCCUGCUAGCCGCCUACGACGCCGACCGGUCCCAGCUCCUCACCGCCCUAGCCGCACACCUGCACCUGGACUCCGCACAGACCGGCGGGGGGAACAGCACCACCCCCACCACCCCCACCACCACCUCCAGCGGCGGUGCUGGCGGGGGCUUGAGCUCCCGGGCGCGUGCGGGCCUGAGUGCCGGGUGCACGGUGGGUGGAGUGGCGCUGAUCGUGGUGGCGGGACUCGCGCUGUGGGCCCGCCGGGCGGCUGCGGUGGUGGACCUGCGCGCCCGGCUGCGACUGCUGAACCUGUCCUCCACUGCGCCGGGGUUCGGGCAGGACACCACGUUGAUGCUGACGGACGUGCAGGGCUCCACGCAGCUCUGGGAGAGCCUGCCGGCCACUGUCAUGGACACGGCGCUGUCGCUGCACAACGACGCGUUCCGGCAGCUGCUGCCGCGCUUCCGGGGCUACGAGUGUCACACGGAGGGUGACAGCUUUGUGCUCGCGUUCCAUUCGGCGGUGGAGGCUGCGGCGUUUGCGCUGGAGAUCCAGAUGGUGCUCCUACACCUCAACUGGCCCCAGGAGCUGCUGGACCAUGAGCUAGGUGCCGUGGUACGGCAAGCAGCCGGGCCGCCCCCGGCGCCUGACAGCAACGAGGGGAACAACGGCCCGCCAGUACCCGCAGGAGGGGCGGCACCCGGGUCCCUGUACGGGCCCCUGGUCGACCUGCCGGGUACCUGGGCCGGCGGGGAUGACUCGGUUCGCAUGGCUGGGCUGGGCGUGAGUAAUUGUGGCGGCAGUGUUGGCAUGGUGCCGGGGGGUACGUCGACGCUGGGUCCGCGGGGCACCGUGGAUUACUGCGAUGCCACGGCGGGGUCAGCGCUCAUGGAGCCUUGGGGCUUGCAGGCGGUGGAUGAGGAGCGUGCGGCUUCGGAGAACUCGGAUGAGCGGCUGGCGGACCUCUUCAUGGGGAAUGCAUUUGCUGACGGCAGGGACUCAAAACGGGCUUCGGAGCGCACUCGGAUGUUCAGCACCCUCCAAGGGCUGCGCGCCACGCAGGAGCGCAAGACCUGGAGCGCGGGGCUCAGGCGACCCAUGCGUCCGCCGGAGCCCGCCCAGGGCUCCUCUGCGGAGAGGUGGAUGGAGCACCGUUCCCUCAGCGACAGCCGAGCCGGGCCGGGUGACUGCUCGGAAGACGGCUGCGGCGCGCCUGGUGCCGGCGCUGGCGUGAGUUUCAACGCCAAUGCCGGCGCGCAUCGUAGCAGCCUCGGCCCUGGGGAGCAGCAGCAGGGGCAGGGGCGGCAGGUGCAGCAGCAGCCCCAACUGCAGCGCAGCCCCUUCCCCAGUCACAUGCGGAGAGGACUGAGCUCCGACGUACUCAACCGGGACCUGCCUGCAGGCGAGCUGUUGGGGCCGUCGGCGCCGGGAGUGGUAUUUCGCCAACAUAGCGACCUAAGUGCGGAGUUUUCCUCGCGUUGUAGCGAUGGCUCCAGACCCCCCUGGCGCUCCGCCACGGGUGCCGAAGGGCUGUCACGCCUGGAGCCGCCGCAGCCUUUUUCUGCGGUAUCACGCUUGGGCCUGGGCUUGGAAGAUGAUGAUGCCCCGGGGUCGGGGCAUGGGCCUGGCAUGUCAUCGCUACCCCCGCCGCUGCUGCUGCAGCCGCCACCGCACUUGUCUAUGGAUGAGGAAGCAGCAGCGGCGGCGUCGUGCGUUACGGGCACGGAACUUAGCGAGGAAGCUUCGUUGCGUUUGGUGACGCCGUUAUACAUACACACGCACCACCAACAGCAACAUCAGCAGCACCAACAGCAACAACAACAACAACAACAACUACAACACCAGCAGCAGCCUCAGCUGUCUCAGCCGCAGUUGUCCAUGUCGCAGCUGCCGGGGACGCCUUCCUCCGAGGCUCCCAGCCGCUCCUUCACGCGCCGGUCGCCAGACCAUGCCCACGCCAACAACGGCGGCAGCAGCAGCAACAACAACACAACCAACGGCAACAACCUAAACUCCCGGUCGCUUUGUCUGAUGCGAGGACGAACCUCGGUGCGAUCCUCCGCAGGCACCACGCCGCCCUUCACGGGCCUCCUGGCUACCUUGCGUGUGUCGGGAGCGAGCGAAGGUGGCGACGCAGGCGGCGCGGCGAGCGCUGUGGGAACGGGCGGCGCUGGGGCGCCGGGGCUGCUUGGCGGCGUGGAGUUUCUGUUGGGCGGGUCGUUGCGGGCCGCGCUGGGCAGCCAUACCGGAGGGUGGCGUACAUCCACGGAUGGGGACGGCGGCGGCCCCAGCACCGGCAUCGUCCGCGGCAGCCGCGGCAGCGACGGCCGGCGCCGCGUGCAGCCCAACAGUCUCGGCCGCUACCUCCGCCGCUCCUCCACCUCCUCCGCCGUCUCCGUCCCCAGCGGCUGUGUGGAGACGCCGCUCAUCGUUGUCGGCGACCUGCCGCACCAGGCGCUACAACGGCGGCGGCGGCGUUUCCAGCGCCACAGCUCCGUGGACUACCACCUCAGCACCGACCACACCAGCUCCUGCGGCAGCAGCAUGGAUCCUCCCGGCGGCGGGCGGUACUGCGGCAGCAGCGCCGGCGGGCCCAUCGGACGACGCUUUGCCGCGCUGGAGCUCGCAGCGUUACCCGGAGGUCCUUGUAAGGCUGUUGGCAGCAGCAGUGCUGUGCAGAGCGGUGUUACUGGGGAUGCCGGUGCUGCCGCGAUCGUGGCCGCGACGGCGAGCGCGAGUGCAGUCAAUACGGGGGUCUUCAGCGUUGCUUCGGGGCGCACCAGCUCCCCGGGGGCACCAUCGCCGUCUGGGCAGGAGCUGGGGGAGGGGGGUGUAGCAGGGGCGGCUGAGGGCUCGCCUGCGUGCUGCACGUCCGCGUCACGAGUCACCUCUCCUCGGCAUGAGGAGCGCCGGGGGCUCUUGUUACCGCUCGAGGAGGAGCUUGAGCCGGCGGCGUCACGGCUGGCGGUCUUUAGAGGCGUGUUGGGACCGCUGCCGGGCGGAACGGCUUUGGAAACGGUGUCGGAAGCCGAUCCCGGACCCAGCCGCGUCGGGUCGGGUUGUUGGCGCUCGUCUUCGGAGGGCCCAGCAGCAGGGGCAGCGGCAGCGGCAGCGGCAGCAGAGCUUAAGCAUCCACCUUUGCUGCCGUUGCCACCGCUGUUUCCCGCAUUUCCGCCUGCGGAGUGCGAGGGGGAGUUGUUGCAGCCGGAGGCAUCUUUGGCCAUCCGGCCCAGCCAACCAAGCGCCGCUGCGGGUAGCUCCUUGCUUGCAAGGCACCCGGGGCCGUCCAGCUCCGGUUCGGCCGGCGUUGUGACGGCUUGCUCGCUUGUGGUUGCUUUUGGUGGCGGUCCUCGUAGCAGCGGCGAUGCCUCCCUUGCGAACCCGGAAGCACCAUCAUCAUCAUCAUCAUUGCUAGGGACCGCAACGCUGCUUCCGCCGGCACUGCCAUCAAAGCGCCGCAACAACAGCAACAGCAACGGUCAACAGCCGGCGCAGCAACACCCAGCCGACGGUUUUCUGGAAGAGGAGGAGGAGGUGGACGGGGGAUUCCUGUUGCAAAUUGGGCGCGGCCAGUUGGGUGCUGCUGCUGCGGCUGCUGUAGCUGCUGCUGCUGCUGUACCCUGCAAGGACCCCGCGCCUGCUGCAGCCCCCUGCGACCUCACACCCUGCAGCCACUCCUCCGCGGCACCACCUGCAAGCCCCUGCGUAAAGCCAGAAGCAUCUCCCUUCGCCACGGAGCAAUUCGACUUGCUCGUCCGGAACGAUGUGAGCGGGCGGGACCCGCCGCGCGUGCCGCAGACCUCCGACGUUGCACGCUGGCUGUCCAAUCAGUCAUCCACCAGCGGUGGGGGCACAACGGCGCCGUCACAACGAUCCAGCGAUACAGGUCCCAUGCGCCUCGCAGGCGUGCUAAACUUGAUUCGUCACGGGUCGGACCCCGUGCUCCCCGUCAGCGCGGGGGAUGCAACCGCCGCCGGGGCACUGCGAUGUGGCGCCGUUCCCGGCAGCGGGGAGGAAGACGGCGACGCCGUUGCUGCUGCUGCUGCUGCUGCCAUGCAGGAUGUCACCAUGCGCCGCGCCGGUGUGGCCGAGCAGGUCCGCGAUAGCACCGUACGACGUGUGUUGUUGGAGCUGUCUGCAGACACUACUAACAACGUUGUUGCUGGCUGCCGGGUGGGCUCCGAAACCGGGGCUGCUUGGGCGCCGCGGCCGCUGCCGCCCGCGCCGCCGGAGGUGUCCUGGUGGCGCCGCUCCGUGGGCCGCAGCGCGUCUGUCAGCGACUUCAGCGGACCGAGGGGCGGUGUUGCGACUGCGGUACAGGGCAGCGGCAGCCCUCUUAUGCCGCCGGCGUUGCAUGCCGUUAGCAGCAACACUCGCUUCCCUCGCGCGCAGAACAGCGUCAUCCUGCGGCGACAGCGGCAUGUGUUGGAGUAUGUGCAGUCGCCGCUUAGCCGCCAGGCGUGGCGAGGAGCUGCCGCUGCUGGAUCGGAGGGGGCUGAGGAGGGGGAACCCCAGAUGGGCGGAAGCGCCAGUGGAGGAGCCGGAGCCGGAGGGGAGGUACGUACGGCUGGGGGAGCUGCGGAAGGAGCAGCUGGGGAUGGUGAUGAUGCUGACGUGGGUGCUGCUGCUGCUGCUGCUGCUGCUGGCGUCAGCAUGCUGGGUGCGGCGGAUGCGGCUGCGGAGCGGCUGGCGGCACGACACGGCAGCGGCAGGGCGUUGUUGAGCGUGCAUGGACCCCACCCGCAGCCCCCUCACCAGCAGCAGCAGCCAGCCAGGCAGGACGUUACCUUCAGUCGCGGUUCCUCCCAGGGCGGCGCACUGGGAUACGCCCCGGAACGACCGCUGUCGGCCAAUUCCGUGCGGGUUCGGCUGCUGCAGGCCACCAUUGAUGGGCGCAGCAGCACCCGCCGCGGUGGCGGUGGCGGCGGCGGCGGCCGGCUACAACGCAGUAGCACACACUCCGAUCCGGGCGGCUUGUCGGGUCCGCUUGCCAUCCUCACGCCAGGCAUCCCCAAGGAAUGCGGCCCCAGUGCGCAUGGUCCUGAGCCCAGGGCGGUUCCGCCACUUGUAGGGCCCGCUCCUCUCAUUCCGCCACACGUGCGGGCGUCUGGGUCGGGAAGCAUCCGCUUACCGCUUGGGGGGUCGGGUACGGACGGCACGUUGGGACCACCUGCAGUUCCGGUUGCACCCAACCACAACAUGCCUGCACCACGGCUUGGAGCUGGGGGCGCGGCCGGGGACAUGGGCACUGCGACACCGCGCGGCAGCGGCCCCAUUUCCUCAUUGGCUGGCACUGCUGCCAUGGGCUCAAUGCCCCGGCGGCGGCCGCCGGUGCGCGUGUCGACCCCACCGCCACGAAUGCCCGGCCACGGGCAUCCCACGUUUCUUCGAGGGUCUGGUUGCGGGUACGGCACCACGUUUAGCUCUCUCGCAACGGCCGGUACCAGCCAUGGAACCAGUGCGGCUACCGCCUUCAACAGCAGCGUAGGCCACCAAAGCGCGCUUGCACACGCGAGCAGCAUUGGUCACCAAAGCGCGCUGGUGCAUGCCAGCAGCACCGCGUGCGGCAGCGUGGUGAGCGGAGUAAGCGUGAACAUGCUUGCCGACGGCGGGCGCAUGUGGGGUGAGCUCGAGGGUUUGCUCCAAGUGUACGGUAACCUCACAACGAGCGCCCCGCGACCCGCGGGUCGGUGGUCGUUGGCGGCGCGCGGGCGAACCGCCACCUCCAUGUCGCUCUCAUCCCUACCUUCCCAAGCGCCAGGUCAGGACAGCAUCAACAGUACAUGGUACGACAGUCGGGUUCUUCCAGACUUCCGUACAUCCGACAGCCGUUUCGGUACUUCAACCGCCGGCGGCAUGAUGUGCGACAACAGCACCCUGCUGCAGGGCAUGAUUGACGUGACGGCGGCGGCGCACUACUCCAACGGCCAACCUGCGGCGCUUCCCCGUGACAGUUCCGCGCUUCCGUUGGUGAAGCUCUCGCAAAACGGGGCUGCGGCCGGAAGCGGCCGUGACAGCAACACCAGCCGGCUCAUGGGUGCCAUCAGCACCGCGCUACGUGCCAAGCGCAUCUCCCGCGGUGGCGCGAGCCUGGGCGCGGCUGUGGCUUCCGGUGAGUCGGGUAUCGCCUCCAGCUCGCGACGCAUGUCGGUUAUUAAUUCAGCCCGGGAGUCAACGGGCGCGAGGGUUGACAGCAGCGUGGGCGGCGGCAACAACGGUGCUCCUCGGACCGUCAUGGAGGCUAUGUUACAGCUCGCGUCAGGUGCGACAGGCCAUUCUCACCACCACCACAACCUCCUCAAUCACAGCCAUACCCACGGCUCCGUGCUGUCAGCAGUGGGUGCGAUAGCCAGCGGCGUCGGCGGCGGCGGCGUCAGUCGCAGUGCGCGCGCCUUGCUGCGAAUGGUGACGGCCGGCGGAAGCGUUCGGGAGCUCGACGGCUCUGGCCCCGUCGUCGCCGCCAGCAGUCUCAGCGGCCUGCCGUACCUUUCCGCCGGACUGGCGGCAAACGCCUCCGGCAGCAUCGCUAGCGGCCAGGGCCUGGCAGGCCGGUCGCCGUCCACCGGGCUUGCCUCCCCGCACCAUCACGUGUUAUCCGGCGGCAGCGUUGGUUCCGGUCGCACGCCGCAGGGCUCCUCAGGCACAACAACGCCCCGGGCCGCCGUCGCCCCUGCCAGCGGCGGCGGGCCCGCCGCCGCCGCUGACGGCGGUAUGUCCCGCGGCGGCGGCUUCUCCGUUUCUUGGACACAAGCCGGCGCGUCGUCGGCGCUGCGGCUGCCAUCGAACCUUCCGUUGGCGGUUUCAGAGCCGGACAAUGUGGGUCUCGGCAGCGAGGCUGUCGCGGCGAUGGGAGGUGGACCCAUGGCAGCGGCGGCGGCGGCGGUGACGGCAGAGGGAUUUCGCACCGCCGCCACCGCCGACUCUGCCAGCGGCUUGCCGACGGCCCAACAACCCCCCAGUACGCUGAGCAUGGCCGCUUGGCAGAAGUCCAAAAGCACCAAUGCUGCCAUGUCCGCGAGUUGGCAGCUGGGGGAGGCUGUGAGCCACCGUGCAUUGCUGCGGAACAGCAGUGGCGGCGCAGGCGCAAGCAUCUGGGCAUCCGCCUCUCGAGGAGGUGUCGGCGGCGGUGCUAUGCGUAACAAUUCCCUGCGGGAGAGCCGAAGGGCAGCGCCGCCCGUGGCUGCAUCGGCGUCGGCGUCGAGGCAGCUCUCCAUGCCCUCGUCGCGGCAUCCGCCGUCAGUGAUGGCAGCGCCGGCGUCAGCGUCGGCAACGGCGGCAACCACGGUAGCCAUGAUGCGUCUGGGUCGUACCGCCAGCGGAAGUCGUACGGCCUGCCCCUUGUCCGGCCAUGCGCUGUCGCUUCCGCUGCGCCUGGCGUCGGAACAUGAGGGUGCCAACAUCUCGCCGCAGCUCUCGCCCCAUGGGUCUUUCCGGAACUUGGGCGACGACGAAGCCUUGGGCCGCAGCAGCGAUCGCUCGGUAGCUUCCGCCGCGGCGGCAGCGAUGAUCAGGAGCAGUCGCGGACCGGACGGCAGGCCCCACCACACCGCCUCCAUGUCGUCACGAGUUCCCGUGGGCGCAAGUGACACUAGCACCAGUGCCGACAACAUGAGCCGCAAUACCCCCUCGGAGGCGGCUAGGGAAGGGCCGCUUGCGGCAGGAGCGACAGCAGCAACCGACAUGAAGGGCCCGGUGCCAAGGCCCGGGCCGGGUAGGGUGCGACCAGCGGUUCUGGACCCCGCUGGCAGCGAGAUUGAAAGCGACAGCGGCGCCGUCGCGCCCGCGGGUGAUGGGUUGGACGGCCGGGUAUACGGCGACAGUCAGCCCUGGCAGGCGCUAGCUCAGCGCUCGCAGCCGCCAGCACCGCCGCCGCUGCAGCAGCAACAAGAACAGCAGCAGCAGCAGCUUGCGCACAUGCAGGGAGGUGCCAGGGGUGAGGCCGCAGGUAACCUGGCGGGAGUGGGCCGAGCCUCAAGUUGGACCCUCGGCGCAGGUAUGGCCCGCCGGCAGCCGCGCCGGCCGCUGCUGCCACAGCAGCAGCAGCAGCGCCAGACCGCGACGGCGGCGGAAGCAGCCGACAGCGGCGGCGGCACAAGCACAAGCGGCGGCGGCGGCGCGGGAGGUAUGGUCGCCCGCGCGGUGCGGUUGUCGCUCCUGGCGCUUCGCAACAUGACAGCCUCGGCGUCUGUUGCGCCGCUGGGCGCCGCAGCCAGGGCGGCAUCUCGUGCGCCGGUGGCGCCGGCGGCGGCGCCCGUGCCUAGCCCCAUCUCCGCCACGGCAUCCGCAUCUGGCUUGUUUGGCUGUCCGGUGCUAACAAGCAGUGCUGCGGAGAGCUGCUGUGACGAGAACCGCCGUUCGAGUCCUUCGGGGCUGCUGGCGUCGCCGCUAGCAUCGUACACGAGGAUGCCGAUACCGCCGUCAGCUGCAGCUGCGGCGGCGGCGGCCGUGACGUCACAAUCUGGAUCUCCGCUUUGUCGUACGGUUUCGGCGCGUGGUGGUCUCGGAGGACAGUUAUCGCCGCUGGGCGGGGGAUGUGGUGGCCGGGCGUCUUGCGGGCAUUCGUCGUUUCGACAGGUGUCGCAGCAGCAGGGGCCGUCGCUGUGUGGGAACAACACCGAUGGCGAGAUGAGCAGUGUUGUCCAGGAGUACCGCCACUCUCUCGUCAGCGGGCCACACAACCCGCUCCUGAACCCCACCUCCAAGGACCCCGCCUGCGACGACCCUGACCGCCUGUCCGCCGGCCACGCCAUACCCUCAAUCACCGCCGCCAUCGCCGCCGCCAACGCAAGCGCCGCUUCCAAUCCCUCCCUCCGCGCCUCACGUACUUGUACAGCACUAACGGUGCCGCCGCCCGUAGCAUCUCUGACUGCCGUACUCGAGGGAUCCACAUCCGGCUGCGGCGGCGGAUUUCGCACGGGUCCUGGAGGUCGCGUUUUCCCACAACGUCGCUCGCUGUCUCUCACUCGUACCGUCACGCCAGAGAACUUGGUUGCGGGAAUCGCGCGGCGGUUGGACAGCAUGGUUCCUGGCAUCGGAGGCGGGGGGUCAACGGACAUGCCGGCAUGGGAUGCGGCUGCGCGUGAGAGCGUGCGGGCGCGUCAUACCAGCGGCUCCGCCUCGUUUGUUUGCAUGUUGGGAGGCGGUGCGACGGGGCAGCGACGCAGUCGGAAGACGCUGAACCUGGUGCCGGCGGCGCCCUCGGACUCCCCGCUGUGCUUCAGGGGCUUCCGAGUGCGCUGCGGCAUGCACUCGGGCCUCAUGGAGGGACGCGACGUCUUCUGGAACAAGGUCACCGGACGCCGCGCCUACAGCGGGCCUGCCAUGGCGCUUGCCAAGGCCGUCUCCGAUCUGGUCCCCGGCGGCAUGGUGGUGCUCACAGCCACCACCUUUGAGCGCCUGCAGCCCUGGCCUCGUGCGGAGGCGCUGUCGGGAGCCAUCGCAUGGUCUCGGGGCCGCUUCCGCAUCUGCGUGGGGGGUGCGGCAGAGGGCACGGCGGCACCGCUGGUGGAGGUAGACUUGUACCAGCUGCUGUGUCCGCAGCUGCUAGCGAGGCAGCCGCAUCUGGAGCGGAAGCCCUGGAGGGGCGCGGAGCAGGUGCUGCCGGGGGUGCUGAGUGCACCUUUGGGGCGACUGGCGCUGGUGCAAGUACAGGUGGUGGGAGUGCAGGUCCUGGCCGCUUGGAACUGCGAGGUGACCUCUGCGGCGCUGCAGGUGUUUGGCGGCGUGGCGGCGGAGGCGCUGUCCGCAUGGGGCGGCUUCCCCGCCUCGCUGGACACCGAGGGAGGCACCCUGCUGGCCGCCUUCAGGGAGCCGGCUCUGGCACUGGGCUUCAUGCACGCCCUGAUCGAGGUCCUGCGUGACGCAGACUGGCCGCCAGAGCUGCUUGAACACGUGCUUGGCGAACCGCUGGCGGUGCCGACGGUGCUGCCCGGCACCUCCGCCUCCGCCGUCGCCUCCGCCAGCAUGGGCACGACCCACCCGCCCGUCGCCACCGCCGGCGGUAACGGCAAUAUCUCGCCGUCAGAGCAGACAGCUCAGCUGCCGCUACUAGCUACCGCGACGGCGGCGGCAGCCGGCGGCGGCGGCUGCAUCGGCUCCUCCAUGCUCUUCCGCGGGUUACGUGUGCGUUGCGUGGCUGACGUGGCCAAUGUACGAGUGGAUCUGGGGUGCGCCACCGCAGCAGCGCUGUACGAGGCGCGAGACCCCAAGGCCUUCAAGUCGCUGCGCCGGAUGAUGACGCUGGCGCACAUGGGGGAGGUGCUGUGCAGCGGACUGCUGCUGGCGGAGGUGCUGGCGGGGCCGCCGGCGGCGCUGACGGCGCUGCAUGAGCUGCUUGCCUUUGCGCCGCUGACGGCGGCGGCGGCGACGGCGGCGGUGGCGGCGACGGUGACGUCGGCUGCGCCGCCGUCACCCCUUCCGCGUGCUAGCAGUCUUCAACACCACCCGCCGGCAUCGCCGUCGCGGGGCGGCGGCGGGCACUACCAUCACCAGCAGCAGCACCAGAACGGCCACCUCCCUCACCACCACGGCUGGCAUGGCAGCUCGACGCCGCUUGUUCGUUGGCCAACGGUCGGCAUGCCCAUUGGCAAUGCCAGCGCUGUUGCUGGUGCUGGUGGGGUUCUUGGUGGUGGAGGCGUCGGCAGCGGAACUGGGUCUGGCUUUAUGGCUGUGGCAGCGGCUGCUUCUGCAUCGGGCGUUGUGAGUAACGCCGUUCCGGUGAAUGCCAAGCUGACAGGAAAGGAGGCCACUCGAUCCGCCAUCUAUCAGUGCACUCGACGAAGGCCCGUGCGGAGGAGCGGACUGGGUCAUGUGGGCUGGUCGCUGGGGGGCAGUGUGGGAGGUGUGUACGGCAACGUUGCCGCAGGAAUGUACGGCGCGUACGGGGUGAGUGUAUCUGGUACGGCAAUGGCGGCCGGGAGUGUGCACAGUGGGGCUGGUGGGAGUGUUGCUGGAGGCUGAGGAGGCGCGGAGGGUCAGGGUGGGUGUUGGUGUUGGUGUUAUGGCUGGGGUGGCUGCUGGAGAGGUGUGAAGUGGACUGUAGAUAGCUGCGUCAGAAGGGGAUUGCCGUGCUCUCCUGUGUAUGUGAGUUUAGCCCAAUGGGCCGUAAGAAGAAAACCUUUUCUUUAGUACCGUUGUGGUACGAGGAGUGAAGCGCUAUGUCGUUGUAGAACAUAAAAUUGCAUAGAAACAUAUGAACUACUUGCAUUGAGAAGAAAGCGAUGCGGUUGGGUUGUGUGUGUGUGUUGGAGAGCAGUGCAAUCGGCCACCGUGACUGGCCUGACUGCUGAUGAGCCCCGUUGGAUAAGAGACACAUGAUGAGCUGGUGUGCAAGUGAGGGUAUGCUCCUUACUAUUAUAGCUGCGUUGUAGUUUGUAGGUGCAUUUGUUUUGAUCAGCACUAGGGCGCAUGUCUGUGUCGUGGGAAAGGUGCCAUGUACAUGGCUGGCACGCCGGCACAAGCGUGAAUGUGCGCUGUUUACAGGUGACCUUAAGACCAAAUUUGAGUGUGGGGUUUAUGCGCAAGAGAUAUGAGGCAACCAAUCAAGCCACGGUAAACGCUUCCAGCAACGCACCCCAAAAGCCUGGAGAAGGGUUGCACAUUAUCAUCUUACCUGUUUAGGUGUACGGAAGGUGCAGAGGCAGGGUAAGAGCCCUGGCCGCUGCAAGGAAACGAUUUCCGUGUGCAUGUUUACUGAAGAUGGCACCCUUGUGUGUGAUGUGGAUGCGGUGAUUACGGCGACCUACCUGGGAGGUUCUAUGCCCUCCUGGCUCAUCAUUCUUGUGGCAACCAAUUGCGGCAUGGUGACCCAUGGGACGAUCCAAUGGAUGCCUGACCCUCCCCGAUGCCUAUCUGCUUCUAAGGCGCGCGUGUGCGUACGUAUGACACUUACGCUGCGAUAAGUAUGUACGCGCAUAGCAUGGGCGCUUGCUCUAAGCAGGCCACGGACAACCCGUAGGCCUGCGUGCAUGCUCCAGCCCUGUUGAACACCAUUGGCCGUGCUGGAGGGCUACUCUGAAGGUCCCGGGAAAGUGAUGGGGGGGGCCCCGCGAACGUAUUGCGUGUUUAUGUGUGCUUAAGCUUGUCUUUAUGGCGUGUUUGAGGCAAUCCUCGAUUUAACGUUUGCUCUUUGCAAUGGGAAUGUAAUCAGGCUGCACUGA